AUGUCUAUUGCACAUUCAAAAGAAAAACCUAGUAUUGCAUUACUCUGUAUAUUGCCAUACAAAUCAUUACUAGCUAAAGAUUCACCUAAAUUUUUACGAUUAUUGACUUCCUCUAAAAGAACAAUAACAACAGAAGUUAUUGUUGAAGAACGAGUUGAAACAACAUCAAAACAAUAUGCAUUUGUAUCUUGUUCAAUUCAUUCAACAAUUGAAGCUUAUUGUUUUUAUAUGCCUAUGGUAACACUUGCAUGGCGUCGACUAGGUUAUGAAGUAAUUGUUAUAUUAGUUGGUGAUUUUAUUAAUUUAAAUAACACAAAACCUGAUGAUAUUCAACUUGUUAUAAAGUAUGUUCAUGCAUUUGGUGGUAAAACAUUAGAAUUUCAAUCUCCACAAGAUUAUGCUAUGAAAAUCUCACAAACUAUACGUUUAUUUAUUGGAUUUUUACCAUUAAAUUUUGUUAAUGAUGAUGAUUAUUUUAUAAUAACUGAUUCAGAUCUAUUACCAUUACAUCGUGAACAAUAUAUGUUAGAAAAAGGUUAUCCAGAUGGUUUUAUUGUUAACCGUUAUUGUUGUGGAUUUUUUUUUCGACGAAAUCGUUCAUAUCAUAUGAUACCAAUGGGUCAUUUAUAUAUGAAAAGAUAUUUAUGGCGUGAAAUUAUUCUUCAAUCAAUUAUACAAAAAGAAUUAAUUACUAUUAGUCAAAAUUUUUAUCAAUAUACAAAUGGAUCUCAUGAAUAUGAAAUAAUAAAAAGAUAUAAAAAAAAAAGAUUUGAUUCAUUAUUAUUAACCAAAGAUAAAAUAAUAACAUAUGAUAUAAUGUCACUUUAUUUACGGCAAGAAUUUCGUCAAACAUAUGAUGAAAGAACAGUAAAAGGUGGUACCGGAUGGGAUAUGGAUCAAGUAUUAAUAACAAUGCUUUUAUUUGAUUAUCUAAAUUCGACAACAGAUGGACAAAAAUUAAAAAUUCAUGAACGAGGAUUACUAGGACGUCUUGAUCGAUCAGUACCAUUUUUACAAUGGUCUACAAGAUCUAAUUUUUCGGAGUUUGGUGAUGCACAUAUAACGCAUAAUAUAUUCGAAAAAAAGUUUUGGUAUACACAUCUACGUUUAUUUAAAUCAUUGUUUAAUGAAACUUGUGUUAAGCUUUUGAAUGAGUAUUAUAAAAGUUAUCUUCUUUUACGACUGAUCUAA